AUGUUUGCUAAUCAGGAUGGUUAUUGUGAAAAGAAUGCAUCAGAAAUAAAAAGAGUGAUAGUGUCUAUGGCAAUAGAAUCCUCUUUGCUACACUCGCACUUUUACAAAUACUCACACUCACACUCACACUUACACCCAAAUAAAAUGCCUAAAGUCAAUCUUACACUUGCUCCUCAUCCAUCAAAAGAACAUGCAGAUCUGAUUGCUAGAUUAGAUGUAAUGCAGCAAAGUCUGAAGGAUAUGGAUUUCAAAAUUGGCUGCGUUGUCAAAGGCAAUGCUGAUGCUUUGGAAGUUCUGGAUACUCUUAUUGGAACUUCUGAUAAUGCUCUUGAGAUUGCUCCCGCCUCUGCUCCUACCUCUGCUCCCACUGCCACUUCUUCUGAUAUUAACCAAGAAGUUUACAAUCGACUUUUUGUGAGUAAAGCACUAUCAACUUUGAGUGCAGCAAAUGACAGCAAGUCCAGUUGGAAUGCUGAAAUUCAUUUCAAUCGUUCCCCUAAUAAAGAACUGACACUUGCACUUAUGGCUUACCUGAAGUCAAAGUUUGCUGCAGAUGGGCUUAGGCCAUCCAAAAUCCACGGUAGUAUUUAUACUAACUUUUGUGGAAGACGUUCUGCUGAACAAAAGUUGCCGUCAGCCCUUGAUGCAGGAAGAUCAAGGUCAAGAAGAGCAAGUCGAGCAACCACUAACUUUGACUGCCAUGAGCUGGCCUACAGCAUAUGCAAGGUUGACAUUGAUAUAUUGAUGGAAAAGAAUUGCGAAGGGCUCAUCAACAAGACAGCAAUGUCUGAGAGUGAGUCAGAGGAUGAGAUACCUGAAGUUUCAGACAAUCAUUACAAUCAGUUUCUGGGGCAUGUUGACAAAGCCAUGCUCAGAUGCUUGAGUCUAAAUGUGCGCCAGAUAGUAAAAAAGACCUUUGGCAGAGAUACAGAUUUAGCAGUCCCGAGUCAACUGAAGCGCUCUCUUCCCCAGUGGGCUUUCAGAGAUGAACUCUAA